ACUAGACUGGCCAACGGUGUGGUGACCGUUCUACGGCGAGACGUCCCAUUCGCAGCUUCCUGCUGCACGUGUGGAGGGCGAGCGUGCGCCCCCCCCCCCCCGUGUGUCUCUGUGUGUUUAGUGGUGUGCCUCCGGUUGUGUGUGUGCGUGUGCAGUGGUAGUGUAUGUGCCCCGUCCUUGGGUAACCGCUAGAACAGUAGCACAGCACCCGUUGGACUGUGAUCGCGAGUGUCUCCUUGGUGCCAGGUUGAUCGGACAACCCUCUCUCUCUCUCUCGCUGUUUCGGUUGCGCCAUGCUGUUCCUGCAUUGUGAACUUGGUGCCACCGCACGCCACUUCUAACAACGUCCCUUUUCCCACCCUACCCCCCCCCGUGUCGAAGGCCGUAAAGAAACAAACAACGGGAGCUGAUCAGCAAUCAACAUCAUCUGCUGGUGCUGCUGCUGCUGAUCACCUUCGCAGCAGCGCACACGCUGGUGUAUCAGAAGUCAGCAGAAGAAGAUAGGUCGGACGAGAAGACGGAUCACAGAGAGCAUCGAGAAAGAAGCAGAAGCAGUAGAAGAAGAAGAAGGAAGUUGGCCGGCAACCUCUGGUCAGCGGUGUGGACCGCUGGUCCGGCCUUCGCUACCCUUCCCAGCCUCCGUCGUACCACGCAAUCAACCAAACCACCAAAAGGCAACGGCGAUCGCUCGCUCGCUCGCUCGCUAGCUCGACUCCAGCGUGCAAAGUGUGCGUCCAGUCCAGGUGGUCCAGUCCUGUCUGUGUGUUUGUGUGUGGUGCGCGUGGUGGUUGCGGUGCGGUGGCACGCGCUGUAACCGGCUGCACUUGGACGCACGAGCCCCGUGUGUGCGCCAGUGUAAUGCAUCCGGAACCGGUGGCUCCCAGUAGCAGCAGCAGCAGCAGCAGCCAGCGGAACGAUUCGUGCCAACAGCGUCAGCAGCACCAAAAACACCAUCAACAUCAACCUCUGGCAGCAGCAUCAGCAGCAUCAGCAGUAGUACAGCCGGUAGUCGCUGGUGGAGCUAGCAGGACGGAGCAGUGGGAGGUGUGAGUGGGCUACCGGAACCGGCUGAAGAGGGAAGCAGGGAAGGAGAAGGAGUUGCCGGUGCCAUGGUCCAGGCAGCUGGCUGUGAAGACCACCACCAGCAGCAGCAGCAGCAGCAGCAGCAGCAGCGUGCUAGCGGCAGCGGUGGUGGAUUGCUGUUGCUGAGCGGUCGAAACGUGGCGGCGGUCGCGGUGUUGCUGUUGUUGCUCCAGAUACCAGCGCUCACGGCGGUCAGCUGGGAGGAAUGGUGGACGUACGACGGUAUCUCCGGUCCCGCCUUCUGGGGUCUGAUCAACCCGGAGUGGUCGCUAUGCAACAAGGGACGCCGCCAGUCCCCGGUGAACCUGGAACCGCAGCGCCUGCUGUUCGAUCCGAAUCUACGCACCCUGCACAUUGACAAGCACCGGAUCAGUGGCACCAUCGCCAACACGGGCCACAGCGUCAUCUUUACCGCGGACAACGAGACGAUCUCGGCGUACGGUACGCCGCAGGUCCCGGUCAACCUAACCGGGGGCCCACUGUCCUACCGGUACCGGUUUCACGAGAUCCACAUCCACUACGGGCUGCACGAUCAGUUCGGUUCCGAGCACAGUGUCGAGAGCUACACCUUCCCGGCCGAGAUCCAAAUCUUUGGCUACAACUCGCAACUGUAUGCGAACUUUAGCGACGCGCUGUACCGGGCGCAGGGGAUCGUCGGGGUGGCGGUACUGCUGCAGCUCGGUGACCUCUCCAACCCGGAACUGCGCAUGCUGAGCGACCAGCUCGAGCGGAUCCGCUACGGUGGCGACGAGGCACCGGUGCGCCGCAUCUCGGUGCGUGACCUGCUGCCCGACACCGAGCACUACAUGACGUACGAGGGGUCGACCACGGCCCCGGCGUGCCACGAAACCGUCACCUGGAUCGUCAUGAACAAACCGGUCUACAUCACCAAGCAGCAGCUACACGCGCUCCGCCGGCUGAUGCAGGGUGGGCCGGACCAUCCGAAGGCACCACUCGGGAACAACUUUCGGCCACCGCAACCGCUGCUGCACCGCCCGGUUCGGACGAACAUUGACUUUCGCAACAAACAGGAAAAGGGGGGAAAAAUCUGUCCAACUAUGUACAAGGACGUUCACUAUAAAGCUAAUAGCUGGAAACACAACUGAGCGCAGGCAGCAGAGUGGAGCGGCAUCCUUGUCGGAAGAGGAGGAAGAGGAGCCGUCGAAUGAGGACAGUCUGGUGGUGUUUGGCCGUUGAGCACACUCCGGGUGGCGC